GAUUAGAAUGUGCUCCGUGUUUCCAACGAGCAGUCAGUGUGAGACAAUGCGGUACUCAGACAUCUUGACAGAGGAGUUACUUCUCUGCGCUGUUGCGGCGCGCAUCGGUUCGCAAAACUUUACAGUGGAGGAGAAAAGUGUGAAAGUUGCCAGUGAGGAUGUGAUAGGUUUUACGUGUGCGCACGUCCGUAUUUUUGUAACAGCAAGAGUCGAAGGGAACUGUGAGAAUAAUAGCAGGCGAGUGCAGUUUCAUUUCUUCGCCAAAGUCAUGCCAAAUUUUCCGCUGCUGGAUGACAGGAAGAGUUAUACAGUGCAAGUGUUCCAGCGGGAAGCUGAUUUCUUUUCGAAAAUCCUGCCAACGCUGCGACGAGGACCAUGGAUUCGAGGCAGCUUUUCGACUACGGCCACUGCGAGACAAUUCUGAAAACACUAGCCUACUUCCACGCAACCUCCGUGAUUUACGAAGAGAAGCAGGGUUCGCGAGGCUACAUCCAGGAGAAGUGGUCCACCGAAAUCGACCAGGAUUUUGAACUUUCGAAGGUAGACAGUCUGAUAGACGGCUGGAUGGUGGCCGGUGUUGAAGUUAUUGCAACGCUCGCCGAGCAAGUCUGGCCAGGUGAAGAGGGCGCUGACAUCGCUAGACGGAUUAGAGGAAAACGCCGGGAAAUCUGCCACCGUUUUCUCAAGCUGAGGAAGCCUUCCACAGUGCAUCGGAACGUGGUGUGCCACGGCGACUUCUGGGCCAGCAACGUGAUGGUCAAGUACGAUGCCAGCGGCAGGCCGGAGUCUGCGAGGCUGAUCGACUUCCAGCUGGUGCGGUACGCGCCGCCAGUCUUCGACGUGAUGACCAUCCUCCUGCUGAGCACGGAUCAGGACUUCCGGGACCGCCACCUACACUCACUCCAGCAGGUGUAUUUUUCGACGCUCUCGGCACAGAUCGCAAGUGACGGGCUGGACGCCGAGCGGUGUUAUACUCUUACGGAGUUCAUCGAGUGCUGGCACGACAUGGCUGCAGAUCUCAGUAUUAUCGCUGCUAUUCUCCAACCACAAGUACUGAUGGACAGCCGCCGGCUGCGGCUUCUAAUGGCCAAUAGAGAAUCGUACGAUCGCUUUCUGUACAUCGACCGGAGGAGAGAGGUGCUCGAGGAAUUCUCCGUGGACGCUUUCUACAAAGCGAGAGUAACUGAAGCUGUCAAAGAGUUCGUUAUUCUCAAUUAUGAGUGGAUUCGUGGCGCAACUACAAAAAAAUCGUGAAUGUAACGUUUCUUGUUUUCUGAAUAAAAUAGAUGAUGGCUAUUUGCAGCGUAGUACUUUUAUAGAGUUUUGAAAAAAGUAAGUUAGAAGCUUUUACGAUUCCAGUGGCAUUUCACAUAUCAGAUGUAAGUUUUUUCGAUUCUCUAUCUCUCCGUAACUAGU